AUGGCUUCUAACAGUAAUGAUAAUCAUCGUGUUACAAGUAGAAAUGUAUCAAGCCAAUUUUUGAUUCCAACAACAUCAAAUACACCACCAUCUUAUACAUCAUAUUCAUCUACAUUUAUAAAUGAUAGUCCACGACGAAGUCAUCGUUUAUCAUCAAGAUCGCCUCAAGUUACUCCAAAAUUAUCGAAUCAAUCAAUUAUUCAUCGAGUUGUUUCUGGUGGUGUGACGAAUAGUCGCUCACCAUAA